CCGAUUACUUGAGCUGGCUGCGGGGACCUGCGAAUUCAGGGCUGGUCUCCCGGAGUCUGAUUCAGUGCAGUGUUUCCGGCCGGCAGCGAGUGAUCGACAUGACCUCCACGCAGUCCCCGGAGGAUGGGCAGGGCGGUGGCGAUGUCCCCAGGGACCUCCGCAGCGUCCUGGUCACCAGCGUGCUCAACCUCGAGCCGCUGGACGAAGAUCUCUUCAGAGGAAGGCAUUACUGGGUACCCAUAAGCAAACGGCUGUUUGGGGGCCAGAUCAUAGGCCAGGCCUUGGUGGCUGCAGCCAAGUCUGUGAGUGAAGACAUUCACGUGCACUCCCUGCACUGCUAUUUUGUGCGGGCAGGGGACCCGAAGGUGCCCGUUUUGUACCACGUGGAGCGGACGCGAACAGGGGCGAGCUUCUCAGUGCGCUCUGUGAAGGCCGUGCAGCACGGCCAGCCCAUCUUCAUCUGCCAGGCCUCCUUCCAGCGGGCCCAGCCCAGCCCCCUCCAGCACCAGUUCUGCAUGCCCACGGUGCCCCCGCCGGAGGACCUGCUGGACUACGAGACUCUCAUUGACCAGUACCUAAGGGACCCUGCCCUCCAAGAGAGGUACAGAAUUGGCCUGAACCGAAUUGCUGCCCAGGACAUGCCCAUUGAGAUCAAGCCAGUAAACGUAGUCACCCUGCACCAGCUGCAGAACACAGAGCCCAAACAGAUGUUCUGGGUACGAGCCCGGGGCUACAUUGGGGAGGGCGACUUCAAGAUGCACUGCUGCGUGGCUGCGUACAUCUCGGACUAUGCCUUCCUGGACACAGCGCUGCUGCCGUACUGGUGGCAGUAUAAGGUGCACUUCAUGGCCUCCUUGGACCACUCCAUGUGGUUCCACGCCCCCUUCCGAGCGGAUCACUGGAUGCUCUAUCAGUGCGAGAGCCCCUGGGCUGGUAAGUGUGGGGCCACGUGGGACAAGGGCACUGGCCUUGGGGUGGUAGGGAGUGUGCAUUCCUAUGAGGCACCGUACAGGUCACUUGCUCUCCUGUCCCCCAGGCUUUGGCAUCCUUGCCUCUGAAAUGACAGGGUGAAGCUGGAGGACAGGACGCCUGCUCAGCUCCUGGUUUCUGUAACAUGCUGGGACUGUGGUUCACAGUAUCUCAGAGACCCAGUUCAAGUUCCAGAACCACUUCUGAGUCUCCAUAUGGCCUUGGGCAAGUCCCAUUGCCUCUCCAAGCCUCAGUUUCCCAACCUAAAUAGAGUUGUAUCAGAGCAGUGGUAUCCAAACCUGGUGGCCCAUCACACCGCCACUUGGGGGAGCUUUGUCAAAGUAGAUGCUCGGAUUCUAACAUUAUGACUCAGCAGGUCUUGGAAGAGGUCCAGGAAACUGUAUUUUUAAGAAGCUCCCUAAGUGCUUCUGCUGGUUAACGAGGUUGGGGCUGGGGGCACUUAACAAUUUCUAAGGGCCUCCCUACUUGGAUGCUCCUCAUCGGACAUGGAGAAGCCCAGACUCAUUCGUUCAUCAGUGUCUGGUGGCAGAGCCCUGGGUUCCUCUCCAAGGAAAUACCUUUCAAAUGAUGAAAAGCCUCGCUUUGUACGACAGGGACCAAACUUACGGGACUCUUGAUACCCAGGGAAGGGGGCCUCUCAAGGACCAACAGCAUCCCAGUAGAAGAUCAGCAACCUUGAAGUUGGGAGACUUGGGUUGGGGUUUGGUCUGAUUCUUAAAGCCAAGUUCCUCAGCCUCUCCAAAUUUCAGGCUUCUCUGGGGAAGGGGACAAGCAGCCCUGCUUCACUUGGCUACAGUGAGGACUAAGUGAGCUGCACUGUGUGUAAGCGAAGCCGGCAGCUCCCAUCAUACGCACCGAGCUAGGCCAAGGCUGGCAAAGGAGAGAAAAUCGGCAGGUGGGGAGGGAGGGUGGCCGGACCUCACAGCCCAGGAUUCUCUCCCCUGAGCCUUUUUGCACCCUUGGAGGUUGGGUGGGGGCAUGGCUGUUUUUCCUAUAAUACCGGCCUUGAGGGACUGGUAUGAUUUAUUGUAAAGGGAACUGAUGGGUUUCCUAACACGAGCUUAGAUCUGCUUACCCAGGUACUGUCCAAGGCUGUUCUAAAAGUCCCCACUCUGUGAUCUUUUUAAAAAAAAAAAAGGUUUUACUUACUUAUUUUUAGAGAGGGGAAGGGAAGGAGAAAGAGAGGGAGAGAAACAUCAGUGUGUGGCUAUCUCUCGCACACCCCCUACUGGGGACCUGGCCGGCCACCCAGGCAUGUGCCCUGACUGGGAAUUGAACUGGCAACCCUUUGGUUUGCAGCUUGGCACUCAAUCCACUGAGCCACACCAGCCAGGGCUCUGAUCUUUUUGAGGAAUCCAGAGAAGAUAUGAAAGUGCUUUUCAAUUGUCAAUUGGGUUCCCAUGGGAGGAGUUACUCCCAAUGAGUGACCACCCCAGGCUCAUAAAAAGGCACUUGGAGUUUGGGAGUGACUACACACUCAGUGUGCCCUUGUGCGGGGCAGCCCAACCUGGACUGCACCCUUUUCCAGAAGCCUGUUU